AUGCUCGCGACUCCUGAUGUGCGCCAGCUCCGGCCCCAGGUGUACGACCCGGCCGAGGACCUGUUCUUGCUAUUAGACUGCCUUGAACAGGAGCGCCAGUGGCUCCAAUCGCGGUUCCCCCACCCGGUGUGCCUCGAAAUCGGCUCCGGCUCCGGGGUGGUCCUCAGCUUCCUCCACACCCACAUCUUCCCCGCGGGGUAUGCCGUGGCUACCGAUAUCAACCCCAACGCCUGUUUACAAACCUGUGAUACCUUCCGAGAUAAUAAUCCUGGCGGCAGAACCCUGGUGGAGGCGUUACGGAUGGCGGGCUUCAGCGGGGUGCGCGAUGGCAUCGUCGAUGUCGUGGUGUAUAACCCGCCGUACGUGCCGGCAGAACUGGUUCCGACACUCCCGACAGCCGACGACGACGACGCCUGGCUCGACCUCGCCCUCGACGGCGGCGCCAACGGCAUGGAACUGACAUGGCCUAUCCUCGACCACUUGGACGCUAAACUCCUGCCGCUCGGAGUAGCCUAUGUCCUCUUCUGUGCCCGCAAUCACCCCGAUGACGUCGCGUCGGUACUCCGCGCGCGGGGGUGGCGGGUGUCGGAAGUGAUGCGCCGCAAGGCAGCAUGGGAGGUGUUGCUGGUGCUACGGAUCAGUCGUGACUCCCCUUUAAUUGGGGAUCAUGUCGAUUAG